AUGGAGUCUCCAUUGGAUGAUAGAGAUUACGUAGAUGUUAAAAAUAAUGGCAGGAUCAGCAGCUUCAAUGAUUGUGAAGAUAAUACAGUCGAUGCAGAGAGUUUAUCUGGUCUUAACCAUGAUGUCGAAACUGAAUCGGAUUUAGAUGUAGUCGGAUGCCCAGACGUAUCAGGUCGAGCGACUGGAGAAGUUCUUGGUGAUGAUACAGACACUGCUGAGUGCUCCAGCUCUUUUGGUGAGACUUCUGAUUCUGAUGAAAGACAUGAGCGCGAUGCAAGCGACGCAGAAGUUGACUCAACAUUUUAUGGUGAAAACAGCGAUUCUAUUCCUGUCAACAGGGUUUCCAGGGUAUGCAGGUUUGUUCCUCAUCUGUAGAACUUCCUCUGGUUUUUUUUGUCUGAUUUAGGGUUUUUGAUAUCUUUUUCAUCAAAGCAUGAACUGGAUGAAGUUCUACUCAUUUAGAUUGGCUCGGGGAGGCUAGAUUGUCUGGAAAAUACGCUCUGAUCGAUAUAUAAUUUACUACAAUUAUUUCUCGAGCGGUACAUCAUUGUCUACUCCAUCUUCUUGUCCAGCAUUCUCUCUUUGCUCUCCUAUAAUCUUCCUCAAAUGGACUGCCCUCUCUUCCUUGUUUAGCUUCAGCAACUAACAGACAAUGCUUGUCAUGCUUUUUCUAACAUUCAGCUUUGAUGUCUCUUUGCCAUGGUUUCAAUACCCUCCAUGAUAGAUAUCGUAUUAACAGACCAUCCAAAGAGUAAUUGACAGCUACUAUUAGUUGGUCUCUUGUCCUGUUAAGGUCCCUAAGAACCGGUUAGAGUAGUUUUAUGUUCCAUUUUCGUCACUUUAGCACUUUCUUUCUUUGUUAAUUCGUCCUAGUUCUAUAAAAUUUUCACAUUAUUGGAUGCCAUCUCACUUGAGCCUGAUUUAUUUUAAAAAAAAAUAACAGCACGUAUACAUAUAUUGCCAGGCAUUGAAUUCAAAAUAUUAAGGAGUGUGAUUUUCAGUUUAAAGAACUCUUUCGACGCCAACCUGGAUAAAUUCUUGAUGUUGACAGCCAUGUCUGGUGCUCCGCGUGAACUGUAGAAAGGAGGAGCAGCAUGCCUGAUUCAAUCCCAAGCUAAUUUAAUCAGAAAAUUCUUAACUUAGAAUGCUAUACUCGUUGUUCUGUUGUAGAUCCCUUUUUUUUUGCGGGGGGGGGGCUGUUUUUCCGUGUUUGAUUAAGGAAGCAGCAAGGGCUUUGGAUAUUCGGGCGUUGACUUUUUGUCCAACUUUACAGGAGGAAGAAGUUGACUCCUCACUGGCAGAAGUACAUCCGCUCCUUGAGAUGGAGAUGCAAUUGGCUCGAGUUGCGGAUGAAUGAGAUCCGCUCUCAUAACAUUAAGCGAAAGCAACGUCUGUCAACAGCUGAGAAGGAAAAAUCUUCACAUUUGGAUGCAAUAGCCUCUGCCAAGUCUGCUGCAAGGGCGGUCUCUUUGUCCUGUGAUCGAAGCUUUUACACCAUGAAGCGGAGAAGACGGAAGAAAAAUGAAGAGAGGGCGGACCUGUCAGCAUACAUGGCCUGCCACACCGUGUUCUCUUUCUACGGUAGCUCCUCCUUUCAUCUCUGUCUGAUCUGAUCUCCUUGUCGCCCACCAUCUGUUUGAUACAAUGCUGAUCAUAUCUUUCAGAGAAGGGGGUUGAAGCCGACGGUCUCUCAGUCGAUGAUGGACUUCUCGACAACGGUAGGGAACUGAUUAAUGAUCAUUCCCACCUGCUUAGCUUUCCAAAUGUGGCACUCUGGCCAAGUUAAAACCCAAGAAAUAUCAUUAACUUUUUAAUUUUAUUUUGGCAAUGCUGAUGAUCUCGGCCUCUUGUGUGGGCAGGGCUUGCAGACCCAAACGCCAAAGGCCAUGACAGCCUCUCCGUCGACCAUGACUGGCCAGCCAUGGAUUUUACAGAGGGCGAUAACUCCCUGGAGCUCCUCCUCCUGGAGAUUGAGACGAUUCAAGCGCGGGUGCUCAAGCUGAGGGCCCAGCUGAACCUGGUGGUUGACCGGAAAGCAGGACGGGUGGCGGCCAUAAACGCUGCCACCCAGCGGGACUUGGUCUCUACCCCCGGCCACAGCCCCAGUGCCUCCCCUGGCUGCAAUGGAGACGCACUGCCGAUCGAACCUCCAGUCUCCCCCCCAAACUAUCUGUCUGAGUGCGAGACUGAAGACCUGGUCAUGAGCGAAGGCGCCGUCUCCAGCUUCGGAGACGCCACCCCCAACAUCAUCGAGAGUACCGUCUGCCUUCUCUCCGCCAAUCCGAAUCAAGUCGGAGACGCCCGCGAAGAUGUAAUUUCUCACCACAUUGACCAGUUUAGGUAGAUAGCUAGAUGGAUGGAUAGAUAUUAUUAAGAAGGAUGUGGGUUUUUCUUGGUUGCAGAUUGUGGAUGAGAUCCUGAUAAGCAACCGGGUGGCGAAGGAGGAGCUCGAGGAUUUUGAGAAAGUCGGGCGGCGGCGGACCGCCGACGGAGUGAGGGAGGAGGGCAGCGUGGGGCCGAGCUCGGAGACGGGCUCGGAGACGGAGAGGACCGUCUCCGGCGAGCCGAAGCUGCGGCGAUGUUCAGAGACAACGGUCACUUAUGUGAGGCGGAGCAAGAGGCCCAGGGCUGAGAGGAAGCUGAGCCCCACAAGCUGGCACUGCGAGAAGAUCGGCAGGAGGAGGACGAUAAAGUCCAGGGAUCAUCACUCCUGA